AUGACUCAGGAGAUAAUCUGUUGGUGGUUGCCCCGUGUACCUGAGGGCUGUGAGGCUGUGACCCUUAGUGUCUGCCUGUGCCCACGUCACAGUCCACUGCCUGCUCCGCGGGGGGACAGCUUCCUGCCCUCCCCUGCCCUGGGUCACACAGCCCUCCUUCCCCAGGCGCACACGGACUCCCUGAACACCCUUGUGGCCCUGCACCAGCUCUACCAGUACACACAGAAAUACUAUGACGAGAUCAUCAACGCCCUGGAGGAGGACCCUGCUGCCCAGAAGAUGCAGCUGGCUUUCCGCCUACAGCAGAUCGCCGCUGCACUCGAGAACAAGGUCACAGACCUCUGACCUCCGGUCUCCGCCACCAUAGUCUGGUGGCACAGGUGUGUGACGCCCAGUGCCGGCAUUGGGCAGCCCCUGGGUAAGGAGUCCGAGGUGGUGGGCACAGCCCUUCUCUCCCGCCGGCAGAGGAAGAGCCCUCCGGGGAGUGCGAGUGUGGGUGCAGCGGGGACCCCACCUCAGUGUUGGUAGCCACAUAGCGUCUUUCUCCUGAGCAAUAGUGCCUGGCGCCCUCCAGCACCAGCCCCUCCUGAAGAACCAGCAUCGGGCAUUGUCUCCGAGUGGAGUCCCCUGAGCUAUUUGUAAACGUGCCUUUCGCCCCCGGCGCCACCCGGUGUCGCUAGGGGCAGUCGGGCCUCAGCCCCCCCUUCCUGAGCACCAGCAGCCGCCCGGUGUGGGUUUGGCCUCUUUGGGUGGGGUCUGAGUGCCUGCAGCCCCCAGGGCCUCGGGCCCAGACUGCCUGCCUGACAGAGGAGAAUAGUGGUACGAUGCCUUCCUGACCUCACCUGGCCCGCUCCGCGGGGCACCAGCACAUUGGGCAGACUGCGCUCCGGGCCUCACCUCAAAGGUCACGCUGGAUGUCAGACGUCGAGGCCCAGGCAGCCAGAGGAGACCCAGCAGACCGGGGGUCCUGGCCUCGGCCUGUCAGACAGGCUGUCCUGGAGGCUCUGUCCGGUCUGGGGGGCCAGGAGGAGCUCGGCCAGGACACCCCCACCCCUUUUGUAAAUCUUGUUUAUUGUAAAUCAAAUACAAGUGUCUUUUUCACUCUG